GCGGCACGCCUCGGCGUCGCCAUCUAAGCCCACGCCGACUCCUCCAACGCUCCUCUCGGAGACCUUCACCCAAGCUCUACCCUCCGUGCUACUCCUCUCCCUUAUCUUUGGCCGUGUGAUGCCUGAUGUUGUCCGUUGUGUGUUUGUGUGUCGCUCGCAAAAAUGUCUUGUAUAGCUAACCCGUUCCGCAGGGCAGCAGUUUCCUCUAGAGGCCAAAAUAAAGGAAUCGGUGCCGUUAGCUUCAAGGUCCCGAGAGAGCGAGAGGGUAGCACGACGCGUGGCGUGAUUGCCGCUCUCCUUUUCUCUCCUUGGGCACUAGCGCACGCGCUCUUUGCGCCCGCUGAGCGAGAAAUCGGUUCAAAAGCCUCAAAAACUAAAAAAUAAAAAUAUCAGGGUUUCGUAGAGAGCUUUUUGCAGAGGAGGCUAUCGCGCGUUCCUCGAAGUCAACACGCGAAUCCGCAAAACAAUACGCGCGCACCAGACAGCCCACACUAGAGGAGGAAGGGAUAACCACGGGACGGAAACAGAAGACGGGGAUGGAGUACAGGUGGGACCACUGCGUUCCUGUGGGACACUGCUAGUUGGACUUGUCGGCGUGUUGGUAAAGGUUUGUGUGCUCGGUCGCAUGCCCUCAGGAGCGGAGCGUUCUGCGCGUGUCUGGUCUAUCUAGCCAUGGGGAUCAAGAAUCUAUGGCAGCUGCUGAGUCCCGUGGGACGGAGCGUGAGCAUCGAGACUCUGGCGGGGAAGACGCUCGCGGUGGACGUGUCCAUCUGGCUGACCCAGUUCAUCAAGGCCAUGCGCGACGAUGACGGCAAGGUCGUCAAGAACGCCCACAUCAUUGGAACUCUGCGCCGUGUGGUGAAACUGUUAUUCCAUCGCAUCCGCCCAGUCUUCGUGUUCGACGGCGGCGCCCCGGCCCUGAAGGCGAGGACCCUGGCCGCCCGCCGGAAGCUGCGCUUGGAGGGCACGGACUGCUCCGUCCGCAAGACCGCGCAACGGAUCCUCGCAUCUCAGCUCAAGAAGCACAAGGCUGCGAUCAGCGCCGCCAAGCGAGCUUCUUCCCAAGCAGCGGUACCCGCUUUCAACCCGGUGUACCAGGGGGGCGACAUCAGCUCCACCGCUACCGCCACCGCCACCGCCGCCGGCACCACAGGGACGGGGUCCGGCGGAACCACCACCGCUCGAACAACAAGGGGUGGAAAGAAGGAAGGGGAAGAUGGCGGUGCAGUCCCACCCUUGCUUUCCCCAGAAGAAGCGUCGGGUGCCGCGGGCGACAGCGAUGACGACGACGAUGAUGACGGCGUGGACUGGGCGGAUCAAGAAGUGGAGCAAGGAGGCGGAGGAGAAGACGGGUUGGGUGUACUGGGUGCGGGUCGGCAGGCCGUCGUGGAUAGCGACGGGGACGAGGUCUACGAGGGGGCCGACAGACCGGGAGGGGGGAGGGGUGGGGGCGCCGCAGGAGUUGCUGGUGGCGGGACAUCAGGGGCGGCGGGUGAUGUGGAGGCGGCUGCGUGGGCGGUUGACACGGAUGAGGAGGAAGAGGAGGGGAGGGGCGUGGCUUGGGAGGAGGUGGAGCUCCCGGAGAGGAACGAGGACAUCGACCCUGAGGUCAUUGCUUCCUUACCAGACCACGUGAAGAAGCAAGUCAUCGAGGCCGCCAAGCGGAGACAACGCAUGCGAAGCCGUGCCCAGUACAUGCCCGUUGCGGGGAACCCGGCCAUGUACAGCCAGACUCAGCUCUCCAACUUUCUUCGCUCCAAUCAGCUGAACGCGCAGAUUCUGAAAGCCCAGAAGCAGGAUGACAGCGAUCGGACGGGCAAGCGCAUAGCCUCAGAGGCGGGACGCCGGUACAUCAUGACUCCGGCAGGGGCAAGCGGACGUAUCGGGGCAGUUUCGGGUGCCGGCGGGGCAGCUGGGGGUACUCGCAACGGGGCAUCGUCCGUAGGCUCCAGCCGGCGACGGCGAAUCACGGACGGCGGCGAAGACUUCAAGGCGUGGUCGUACGCGGGGUCGGCGGGAGCAGAAGAAAACGGCGGCGUCGUGAAGACAAGGCCGACGGCGGCGCCGACCAAUGCAGACACGGACGAUGAUGACGACGAAGAAGAAGAAGCGGGGGGGUUUCUUCCCGAGAGUGAGGAUGCACCCGUCGCAAGGACAAGAGAUGGAGGCACGGGGGCUCCGCCUGAUGAGGAACCAUCGGGGGAGUUCCCCUCUGGGGGUUACGUGAGUGAGGAGGGAGGGAGGCUCCUACCGCCUUCAGAGGAAGAGGACUCCUCGGGACCAGAGGUGCCGGCCGUCGAUGGAGGGACGGGCAGGACGAGGGGCCGAGUCCAGCUCCCCGUGCACAGGCCCAAGCCCAUCGGGCAUGACCUUGCUAGCGGCGGGAAGGGCAAGCGGCGGCGCUUGCAGCGGCUGGCCGACGCCGAUAAAGGGAAGGAGGAGGAGGAGGAAAAGGAGGAGGAAGAGGAGGAGCAGGAGGAAGAUGUUGAGCGGCCAGCAGCAAGAAGAGCGCGGCCGAGGCCAGACUCCGGUGCUGCCGACGCCAUCGCUAGGGUGCUCCAGGAAGAGGAGGACCGGCGCGCCGCCAUGACCCUCCAGGAUGAGAUCGAUCCCUCCUUAUCUACCGCCGGUGUCUUUGCCGACAACGACGACGGCAGCGGCGGCAGCUCUACUGGAAAGGGAAACUUGUUGCCCGAAACCGGUGUCAACGAUCUCGAUCCGCUGGGCUUGCUGAGGACUCGGAAGGCAAGGUCGGAGUCGCCCACAGCGACUGCAAGAUCAAGCAUCUCCGACGGCUCGGAGGCGGCGGCGGCCGAAAACAAGGCAGCGCAGACGCCGCGGCCGUCCAAAUCGCUUGGUGCAAGGAGCAGUGUAGGCGAUCCAUAUGAGGGAGGAGGCAGCUCGUCGGGAGGCGAUGCGGAGAUCGAAGUGGAGAUUGACCUCAAAAACCUUGUGGCCGGCGGCGGGCGGCGGGACCUAAUGGAGUUGUUUCCUUCUUCCGGUGCUGCUACGGGUGAUGUGGGGGGCGGGAGCGGGGCGGUCGAGGAGGACAGCGAUGAGGACUUCGACGGCUUCGUGGACGAUGAUGAUAAUGAUGCCGACGAAGAGGAGAGGGAUAGAGCUUCGUCUCAGGUUUCCGCUCAAGGAGCAACGACGAGCUACACUAACGAGGCAGCCUUGCAGCGUUCGGUGGACAUGGCCUCGAGGAUGGCCGGCUGGGCGGGAAGGGUCGUCGAGAGGGUUCUCAAGGAGCACCGGAAGGCAAGAAAGCGGCCAUCAUUCUCGCAUCGCGCGGCCAGCGCCAGCGGCCACGGGACCGGUCCGAGGAACGGUCCGCAGAACGCGGAGAGCGCAAUCAUCCGCACCGGGCCCGCUGCGUCUGGGGUAGGCAGCCAUGCGGUCGCCCAGUUAGCCAUCGAUGAGCGACGUCGUUUGGGAACAAUCGGCGGCAACACCGCUGCCACGACCACCAGCAUUGACAUCGGACGUCAGACCUCCGGCAGCGCAUCUACUGCUGAGCCAACGACCACCACCACCAGCAGCAACGAUGCCGGGCGUCAGGCAUCCGGCGACGCUGCGCGGCCUCCUUCUCCCGGGGCGGGCCGGGGGCGGCAGCAGCGAGGCGCGGCCGUCGACGCCCCCGCUGACCCCAAGGGUACCGCACACCCUCGCUCCAAGUCUUGCUUUCGCCCCGAGAUCGGCGGCGAGUUACCGGCACCCGCCGGUGCGGCGGCGGUGACAGCACCGGCGGUGCCACGCGGGUCGGAGGGGGAGAAUAGCAAGGGGGAGAGAGCCGUAGGAACGGGGAACAUGGCGGAAGACGGGGACGGGGACGUCGAGAGCGUUUUUUCCGAGCCCGACGGUGAGCGGGGGUCGCCGGGCCCGCUAGGUCAACAUACGCAUGCUGGGGUUUCCAGAGAGGCGGCGGGGGUCAAGGGGACGGUGACAGGCGAGGGGUUUCCGCCUCACACGGAGGCCGAAGAAACAGAGGGGGCAGAGGAGACAUCGGGAGAAUCAGUAGCAGCGCCUGGGCCUGGCGUUACGAGCGCAUCAUCGCCAGCAAGUCCACCAGAGCCCUCCGAAGGCGUAACGGCCUCCAAGGAAAAAGGCGGCGAAUCCGCCCCCGUCGACGUUCCGCCGCGAGCGAUUCUGCAGCAAGCGGCAGCGGCGGAAACCCAGGUGCAAGGGCGGCGCGGCUGCCACGACGCGACCGAGGUAGAUAAAAACGCCUGCGCAAAAGGAGAUUCCGUCGCGGACGGGCCAACCUCGGCUACCCGUAAGGUUCCUCCCCCUCAUGACGACGAAGUCGGUGAAGGCGGAACGGACGCGCUCUUUGCACCAUCGGUGCCGGGAGACACCCGCCCGGGACCCUCUCGAGUCGGAAUAGCGAGGGGUGGCGAGGGAAAAGAGGCCAACGGGGACGGGGAAGGAGUGAUGGGCACGUCAUACCUUGAGGGCAUGGACGAGGACGAGCUGGAGGAGGAGUCUGAGAAGCUGAAGCGGGAGGGCAACAAGGCGCAGCGCGAUGCGGAGACUGUUACGGAGGAGAUGAAGGAGGAGGUGAUGGAACUCUUGAAGCUGUUCGGUGUGCCGUACGUAGUGGCACCAAUGGAGGCCGAGGCGCAGUGCUGCAUGCUGGAGCAGCUGCGGCUGGUAGACGGGACGGUGACGGACGACAGCGACGCCUUUGCCUUCGGUGGAAGGGCCGUCUACAAGAACAUCUUCAGCGAGAGGAAGUUCGUCGAGGCCUACCUCCUGCCCGACGCGGAAAAGGAUCUAGGAGUGGGCACGGAUGAAGUGAUCGCUCUCGCGCUGCUUCUGGGCAGCGACUACACGGAGGGAGUGAGGGGUGUGGGCAUCGUCAACGCAAUGGAGGUGAUCAACGCUUUUCCUUUGGAAGGGAAGGGUGCUCACCACGGCCUGAGCAAGUUUAAGAAGUGGAUCGAUGGCUUCGAUCCCCUCCUCGACCAGGAGCUGGAAGGCUUGACAAAACGCGGUUCGCAGAAGGAGAUCGACGGGCUGUCGCUGGAGAUGAAGUUUCACCUCAAGCACAGGACCGCGCGAAACAGGUGGACCGUCCCUGAGGGGUUCCCGAGCGAGGAGGUCAUCAACGCCUACAACAAUCCUCAGGUGGACAGAUCGGAAGAGCCUUUCAGCUGGGCAGCACCGGACGUGGACGGGUUGAGGGCUCUGUGCCAGAGGGUGCUGGGGUGGGACAGGGACCAGUCUGAUGGGCUACUCAUGCCCAUGGUUAAGGAGUUGGAGCGGGGGAGCUUCGCGCAGCCGCGCAUCGACCGCUACUUCAUGGCCUACCACGACAACAAGAGGGUGGCCGCCAUCAAGAGCAAGCGCCUUCGCACGGCGGUCGAGGACCUAGCGCAGGGGUCUACGGAGGUGAUCACGGUAGACGGCUCGCCGGUGGGCGAGAGAACGGCAACGGGCGCGAAGCGGAAAAGGAAGGAGGGCGACAAGUCGCACAAGGGGCAAGACAACAAUGACGAUGCCCCAAGCGGGAAGACGAAAAGAUGGCAGCGGGGAGCCGCCAGCGGAUCUCCCAAGUCUACGGUCAGGGCCGGCGACGGCGACGAUGACGACGACACGCAGAUUGACCAGCCGACGGUUUCGUCUCAACCGUCACCAUCGCCCAGGACAGGCGCAAGAGGCGCAGCAACCCGUGCGAAGCGAUUGCGGCCUCCUUCGACACCGGCGAAGAAUGCCGACGCUAGCGGCGGCGGCAACGGCGGUCGCCGUUCCGCGAGGAGCAACAAAAACGCCUCCGCUGGUUCUGCCGCAACGCCGGCGAACGGGGGGCAGGGGCAGAGCAAGAGAACACCCGUGCCACGCUGAGUGGGGGCGGGGUAGACACUCCCGGCCCCUCCUCGGGCAAACGCCGUGGCCCCCGUACGACGGUGGCGUCAAGCGGCGGUGCGGGUGCAGGUGGGGGCAGCGAAUCCGGGAGUGAUGUCGAGGGAGAGGAUGGGAUUGACGAAGAUGAUGACGCGGACUAUGUCGGCUCUGCCGGCGACGACGACGCCAGCAGUGAUGGCGGUGACGACAACGACGACGACGACGGUGGUGGUGUUGGUCCGGGAAGGAUCUCUGGAGGGCGACGCCAAACCAAGCCCAGGAGAAAAAGAGAAAGCGUUGUGACACCGUCUACCCGAGUGUUGUUGAUACUGUAAUAAUUAGUAAUUAAAAUUGUCCGCGUGCCUAUCUGGGGGCUGAUGUUCUCCAGCUGUAAAAUGGUGUCUCAGUCGUGGCUAUCCAGAGCCGACUAGACCGUUUCAACAGAAACGAAUGAAACCAUUUUUUUCGGGAAGCAGCCGUGGCAGACGGCAAUCUUAUACAUGUUGAGUCUUGAGAGUUGUUCAGAGCUACCCCAGCUACAGGACCUAUUUACAAAGAACGUACCAAAGCAAUUCCCACGCUACACGAACGAAUUAAGACCAAGACAGGAACAGGUUUCUCGGCUUGUUUUAUCGCGGCCAGGGACACUCUUCAGCAACUCAGGCAUGAAGAGCCCUUGAGAAGCACCAGCAGCGUGUGUACGCCGCACGAGCGGGCUUGCACCACGGCAAACGACACGGCAGCGUGCAGUUCUGUCGACGUGGUCGAACCUUUCCUUCCUGUAAGUUACCGAGCCAGCGAUGGCACCAAAAUUUGACAUCCGACUAGCGACACUCUCUCCGGUGAAUAGCUUAGCUGCCAGAUGUUGGCCAACCUUACGGUUAGGCCAGGAGAACAUCGUCCUCAGAGCGUUGACCCCGGGUACGACGACGCCGACUACGGGUCCGCUUCUUUUUUUCGAAUUUAGUGCAGUACAACCACUGGGAACGUUAAAUCCCUUUACAUCACACCUGUCCCAAAAUUACACCUCGCUAUAAUGCCUCGCCAAAACGCGGCGCUGGCACCAACGCGUUGCCUGGUGAUCUUGAAGUCCUCGCCAAAAUUUUCGCGGUGGGUACCACCAUACUGCUGUAGGUUUUCCGAUAACAUACUCCUCUCGACGCUACGUCUUCGUGAGACAAAAAAAAAAAACAGAAGGAAAAACGCGCGUGCCAUCUCUAUGUCGGACGCGCGUGGAUCUUCUAUGGCACAAAUGGCGUGGCAUUUCAAAUUUCACCGCUCACACUCGCACAUUUCCACCUGCACAACAUUGAUCAUCCUCCGUGAAUUGCAGUACCUCCAAGUAUGUCGACAAUUUCUUGUCGAACUCCCGUCCCGCUCUCCUCCCCGCCGUUUUCCUCGCCAGUCUAGUCCUGCUGCAGCAUAUUUUCCGUGUGAUCGCCCCCCCUCGACCCCUCCCCGAUCCGGGUAUCCACAACGCGUGGCAAACUUGGAAAAUAACCAAAAGCUUGUCCAUCGCACUCUAUACACCCCCACGGAUAAGGGUAAGCGAAACAUCGAUCGGCAUCCUGUGCCGCUUACCACUCACGUCUAGCAAUCUAAGUUGUAUACCUCCACCAGCCAACGAUAAAGUCUUUCAACCACAGGAAUGUCAACAGAUAGGGCGGGCUAAGCUUCUCUUUGACACAAACAUGCAAUAUCGAGGCGACACGUCUCGGCACGACGCAAGCAAGAACGCGGCCUGGAAACACCCCCCUCCCCCCUCUGCCACCCUUGUCCAAGUGUCGAGUGCCGAAAUGUUGUUCCCGGUGUCUGGUUUCCCCACAGAAGACGCACAACGAACAGAACAGAGUUCGUCAAACAAAGCGGCCAGCGGGGACCAUUAGCAGCAGAGGCGGUCUCCUAACGUGGGUAACGCAAGAUAUCACACCCCCUGGACCGUUUCCGAAGCUCGACUCUUCCACAGUAGAAAGAGUGGCCGUGCCGAAAACGGCCGCGUUCGAACCACCUCGUCGAGCUCGUUCUGAAAACAUAUUAAUUUGAUUCUGGGCGUGGAGUAGUCGAGCUUUGAGAAACUGUCCAGGGGGUGUGUUAUCUU